AUGGCAACCUCCGUCGAUAACCGCCACUAUCCCCGCCUCACCCCCUCCCUAAACGGCACCGUUGUCCACUCCUUCAAACCUCCUCUUGUCCCUUCUCACUCCCAAGACCAAACUGUCAACACCCUCCCGACCGAAAAAUCCGUCGACAUCACCAAACAAGACCAAACCACUUACGACUCCAGCGACGACGAGGAUGAGAGCCACAACCGUUACGUCUCCUACUACAAAGAGAUGCUUCUCAAAUCAAACUCCGAUCUCGAACCGUCCGUUCUCGACUUACGUGACGAAUCCACGGCUGACAACUGGAUCCACCGUAACUCCUCUAUGGUGCGUCUCACAGGAAAACACCCUUUCAACGCCGAGGCUCCCCUCCCUCGCCUCAUGCACCACGGCUUCAUCACCCCGGUCCCUCUCCACUACGUCCGCAACCACGGCGGAGUCCCGAAAGGGGAGUGGUCAGACUGGUCCGUGGAGGUCACGGGACUCGUCAAACGUCCCGUGAAACUCACCAUGGAGCAGCUCAUCAACGAGUUCCCUAGCCGCGAGUUUCCGGUGACGCUUGUCUGCGCCGGAAACCGCCGCAAGGAACAGAACAUGGUGAAACAAACCAUCGGGUUUAACUGGGGGUCCGCUGGAGUGUCCACCUCUCUGUGGAGAGGUGUUCCUCUCAGCGAUAUACUCCGCAGAUGCGGAGUGUAUAGCAAGAGAGGCGGAGCUCUCAACGUGUGUUUCGAAGGAGCCGAGGAUCUUCCCGGAGGAGGAGGGUCUAAGUACGGGACGAGUAUCAAGAAAGAAAUGGCUAUGGAUCCUGCGAGAGACAUUAUAUUGGCGUAUAUGCAGAACGGUGAGCUUCUCACGCCGGAUCACGGGUUUCCGGUUCGGAUUAUUAUACCCGGUUUCAUCGGUGGGAGGAUGGUUAAGUGGUUGAAGAGAAUAAUCGUCACGCCUCAAGAGUCAGACAAUUACUAUCAUUACAAGGACAACAGAGUCCUCCCUUCUUACGUGGAUGCUGAGCUGGCAAAUGAAGAAUCUUGGUGGUACAGGCCGGAGUAUAUAAUCAACGAGCUUAAUAUAAACUCGGUGAUUACAACACCUGGUCACGAGGAGAUUUUACCGAUUAAUGCAUUCACGACUCAGAAGCCUUACACAUUAAAAGGCUAUGCUUACUCUGGAGGAGGGAAGAAGGUAACGAGAGUGGAGGUGACUCUAGACGGAGGAGAGACAUGGAGUGUGUGUGAGCUUGACCAUCAAGAGAAGCCAAACAAGUAUGGCAAGUUCUGGUGUUGGUGUUUCUGGUCACUUGACGUUGAGGUUCUUGAUCUGCUUAGUGCUAAAGAGGUAGCUGUUCGAGCUUGGGACGAGUCUUUGAACACCCAGCCUGAAAAACUUAUCUGGAACCUCAUGGGGAUGAUGAACAACUGCUGGUUCAGGAUCAAAACCAACGUGUGCAAGCCUCACAGAGGAGAGAUAGGUAUUGUCUUCGAACACCCGACCCGACCCGGAAACCAAUCAGGUGGAUGGAUGGCAAAGGAACGUCAACUCGAGAAAUCCUCAGAGUCAAACCCUACUUUGAAGAAAUCAGUUUCAUCACCAUUCAUGAACACUGCCUCAAAGAUGUACUCAAUGUCCGAAGUUCGAAAACACAACUCAGCUGAGUCUGCAUGGAUCAUUGUCCACGGUCACAUCUACGACUGUACACGUUUCUUGAAAGACCACCCUGGUGGCUCAGACUCUAUCCUCAUCAACGCGGGUACUGAUUGCACCGAAGAGUUUGAAGCCAUUCAUUCAGACAAAGCCAAGAAGCUUCUUGAAGAUUACCGUAUCGGUGAGCUUAUUACCACAGGGUACGACUCUUCCCCUAAUGUCUCGGUCCAUGGUGGCUCGAGUGUAAUGUCUUUGUUAGCUCCUAUCAGAGAGCUAGCUCCUGCUAAGAACAUAGCCUUGGUCAACCCACGUGAGAAAGUCCCGGUCAAACUCAUAGAGAAGACUUCAAUCUCUCACGACGUACGUAGGUUCCGUUUCGCGUUACCAUCUGAAGAUCAGCAGCUUGGUCUACCUGUCGGGAAACACAUCUUCCUCUGCGCCACUAUUAACGACAAGCUUUGUCUUAGAGCCUAUACUCCGACCAGCACGGUCGACGCGGUUGGAUAUAUCGACUUGGUCAUCAAGGUUUACUUCAAGAACGUUCAUCCAAGAUUCCCCAACGGAGGACUCAUGUCACAACACUUAGACUCGUUACCGAUCGGUGCGGUUUUAGACAUCAAAGGUCCGUUAGGACAUAUUGAGUACCUAGGCAAAGGUAACUUCAAGGUCAACGGUAAACCUAAGUUUGCCAAGAAACUAGCCAUGCUUGCUGGAGGAACCGGUAUAACUCCAAUCUACCAAGUCAUUCAAUCGAUACUAAGUGACCCGGAGGAUGAAACCGAGAUGUUUGUGGUUUACGCAAACCGAACCGAGGAUGAUAUACUUGUUAGAGAAGAGCUAGAAGGAUGGGCUGAUAAGUUUAAAGACAGGCUGAAGAUUUGGUACGUUGUUGAAAUUGCAAAAGAAGGUUGGGAGUACAGCACAGGGUUUAUAACCGAAGCUGUGCUUAGAGAACAUGUCCCUGGAGGUCAAGAAGGUGAGUCUCUGGCCUUAGCGUGUGGACCACCGCCUAUGAUUCAGUUUGCGUUGCAGCCUAAUCUUGAGAAGAUGGGUUACAAUGUGAAGGAAGAUCUGUUGAUCUUCUAA